AUGUUCUACUUCCACUGUCCACCCCAGCUGGACUCGGGUAGCCGUGAUUUUGGGUCGCAUGGCACCGGGGAUUUUGAUGACGGUUUCCUGAGACGCAAACAACGCAGAAACCGAACAACGUUCACCUUACAGCAGCUCGAGGCCCUGGAAGCGGUGUUCUCUCAGACACACUACCCGGAUGUGUUCACGCGCGAGGAGCUGGCCAUGAAAAUCAACCUCACGGAGGCGCGUGUCCAGGUGUGGUUCCAGAACAGACGGGCAAAGUGGAGGAAGACGGAACGGGGCAGUUCCGACGUGGACGGGAGCAAGGAGGCGCUGGGGGACGGAACCGGCCCUCCACGGAACCUCAACCCCUCACCAGUGGAACCCAACCGCAAUAAGAAGGAACCGCUAGAGAUGCAGCAGAGUCUGAAUCGAGCAGUCGGGGCCGGUGGAGCCUUCUUCCCCUCCUGUCUUCCAGGAACCCUGUUGAACACGGCCACCUACGCACAAGCACUUUCUCAGGUCGCCACGCUGAAAGGAGGUCCCCUGUGCUCCUGCUGUGUUCCUGACCCCAUGGGGCUGUCGUUCCUCCCACCCUAUGGUUGCCAGAGCAACCGUACGGCCAGCGUGGCGGCUCUGCGCAUGAAGGCGCGCGAGCAUUCCGAGGCCGUCCUGCAGUCUGCCAACCUCCUCAGCGUCGGUGCCAGCGGCAUCGCCACGGCGCCCAGCGAUGCCAGCGCCCCCAAACCCGCCAGCGCAGCGGUCGCCCACCCCCCCCACACGCCCCCCGGAGACCCCAAAGAGGGCGCCGAGAAGAAACGCGAGGGCCAGUUCAGCUCGGGAGGAAUUUAA